UAUUUUUACAUCUUACGAUGCAAAAGAAGACUAUUUUAUUAACACUGUGCAUUUUUGCAAGCUCUUUUGCAAUUAAUAGUGACGACGAUGACGGUCCUCCAAAGAGAUAUGAUGGAUAUUCUGUAUUUCGUGUCACACCAUCCAAUGAAGCCGAUCUGAAAUUUCUUCAAUGGCUUCGCAAUGAUGUUGAGUUCGAUUUUUGGACUAAUCCUGGAGUUAUUGGAAAACCAGUAGAUAUAAUGAUUCCUCCUGAAAAAUUGCUACUGUUUAAUGAAAGUUUCACUGCAAAUAAAAUAGAUUUUUCUCUUCUUACUAAUGAUGUACAAAGAUUGAUCGACGAAGAGAAUGAACUUUUAAACAGCCCCGAGCCAAAACGUCAGAAAAGAUCUUUACUAUCGUUCUUCCGUAAAUUUCAAAAGAAGAAUGCGUUUUACGACUAUUUAGGCCAGUUACUUUAUCACUUUCAACCAAAAAUUCAAGUAGUAACUGUUGGAAGAACUUUCCGCGGAAACGAACUCAAACUAGUCAAAUUAUCAACUGGUCCUCGCAACGCCAACAAACCAAUUAUAUGGAUUGAUGGCGGAAUACAUGCAAGAGAGUGGAUUGCACCAGCCACAGCUAUGUAUAUCAUAUUUAAAAUUUUGAAUUCAUAUGAAACUAAUAAGAAAGUGAGAAAAUUGUUAGAUACUUAUGACUGGUAUAUCAUGCCCUUAGUCAAUCCAGAUGGAUACGAUUAUACAUUCAAACAUGACCGUUUUUGGAGAAAGAAUCGUUCUCAAAGUCGAAUACAUAAAGAAGGAGUUGACCUGAACCGAAAUUUUCCAUUUGACUGGAACACCCCUAACACGGACGUAUUGUCUCGCUAUCCAAAUACGGAUCAAUAUAGGGGACCAGAACCAAUGUCAGAAUUAGAAACUAAAGCUAUAGCAAGAACCUUAACGGAAGUUAAAGAAAGAGUAAAACUGUUUUUAACCUUACAUUCUUAUGGACAAUUUAUAAUGUUUCCAUGGGGUUCCAGAGAAGAGCAUUGCGACGACUAUGAUACUCUAAAACAUGUUGGAAUUCGUGCAGCAGAAGCUAUUAGAAAAUCUUCUGGAGCACAGUAUAAGUCUGACAGCAUAAAUGAAAUAGUGGGUAUUGCCACGGGAAAUUCGGUAGAUUGGGCAUAUGGGGCACUAAAUAUAAAAUACUCAUUUGGCUUUGAAUUGCGAGACAAAGGAGUCAAAGGAUGGCAAAUAAGUACUAGAGAGAUAAUUCCUGUGGGCGAAGAAGUUUGGCAAGCAGUUAGUUCAAUAAUUUCUGACAUUCGAUUGUAAAAUUUUUGUUAUAAAACACAGUGUGGCCAAAACGUCGCUUGACAAAUGCUAUAAAGGACGAAAGUAUUCAUUCUGACCCCGGAAGAACAAGUGAAGUAGUCUUCUGUGUUCCCCGAUUGUGUGGGGACAAUCAUAGAACAACACAGUAUGAUGCACAGAAAUUUCAUUUUCAUUUCUCAGAUCUUUCGAAAUUUUCGUCUCAAACGGUUGGCAAUAUUCUGGCAAAAUUUAAGAAAACAUUCAGUGUCCUGGAUGAUAACAAAGCGCCAGUUGUUGUUCAGGAGUCAGAAUGAACACUUUUAGUGUUGAUUGCACCUGAAACAAUAAGAAUAUUGAAUAACCCAUUUGGCAAGUGAUUUUUCAUCCACAUCU